GGAGGAAAUAGAAAGAGACCAUUCCUUAUUAAUGGUCCGGCCCGUUUCCGAUGCAAACAGUAUCAUUUGAAGGGUCAGGUUUCUAUAAGGUGACCGCCGCAUACUGUAAAAGUAAAGCGGACCUGUAGAGCUUCUCUACAAGUCAGAUGUCGAAAAUGAUUUGAAAAAACUAGAUUUUUAAAUAUAAAUUUUAAAUUUUAAAAAUAGGAUGGAUCUGGAGGUCGAGAUGAUCAACCGGAUUGUUCUCCAAUGUCGGGUCUUUUGGAGGAUUUUUUAGGUGAAUAAUAUGAAGUUACAACAAAGGUGAAUGGUACAAUACCAAUUUUUUUUCCUUAUUUUAAAAAUAUAUAUAUAUAUAGAGAGAGAGAAAAGGGAGCGAGCAUAAUUGGCUGCAAUGGCCGCAAUCGAAAUGCCCAACAUCCGCUUCCACCAACUGUUGGGUGGAAUGGCUCAAAGAAACACCUUCGCCUGCAACAGCCUCAUUCGAGCCCACUUCGAAGCCAAAAAUUAUCGCACUGCUCUCUCUCUCUACCACCAAAUGCUCCUCAAUGGCACCCCUUUUGACAAUUUCACAUUCCCAUGCGUCUUAACAACUUGUCGACAUUCAAAUCACUUGUUCUUGGGCAAACAAGUCCACGCUCAGUUAACAAAGCUUGGUUUUGCGUCCGAUAAUUUUGUAUGCACUGCGCUUAUUGGAAUGUAUGGUGAAUUGGAUAGUAUUGAAAUUGCUCGCCAUGUACUUGAUGAAAUGCCUCAAAGAAACUCUAUUGCUUGGACCAUUUUGCUUGGAUUUCAUGCUAAUGGUGAUAACCCACAAUUGGGUUUACAAACAUUUUUUGAAAUGGAAGCUUCCGCUUCAAGGUUGAUCCUGAAAAUUGGGUUCCAAGGAGAUUUGUUGGUUGGUAACGCGCUUUUGUCAAUGUAUUUGGAUUGCAGAUUCAUGGAUUUUGCUCGAGAAGUAUUCAAUCAAAUAGAGGUUAAGGAUGUUGUUACUUGGACUGCUAUGAUUAAUGGGUAUGUGAAGAAUGGGAGCUUCAAUGAAGGCUUAAAGUUGUUUCGGAAGAUGCUAUUUAGUGGGAUAAGGCCCGACCCAUCAUCUAUAUCAAGUAUACUUCCUGCAUGUGCUAGAGUGUCGGCUCACAAACAUGGAAAGGAGAUUCAUUGCUAUGUGACUAAAUGUGAAUUGGCUAAGAAUUUGGUGGUGGAUAAUGCACUAGUCGACAUGUAUGCGAAAUCAGGGAGCAUUGAAUAUGCAACAAAGAUUUUUGAGAAGAAUUGUGAGCGCGAUGUGGUCUCAUACACUGUGAUGGUAGAGGGUUGCAGCUUACACGGUCUAGGAGAACUUGGGGUGAGCUUAUUUCAUGAGAUGAGAGAAGAAGGAAUUGAACCUGAUCAUGUCGCAUACUCUGCUGUUCUCCGGGCUUGCAAAGCCGGAGCUUUGGUUGAGGAGGGCAAGCUCUUCUUUGAUUGUAUCGAACAACCAGAAAUUGAGGACUAUAUCUCAAUGGUCAGCCUCCUUUGCCGUGCUAACUUGUUCGAUGAAGCUCGAGCUUUCAUAGAAGAGCAUGGCAUUGUUCACUGUGCGCAAACACAAAGCACUCUACUCGAUGGGUGCAGAAUGCAUCGGAAAAAACAGAUGGGGAAGCGCAUGAUUGAGCAAUUGAUCGAGUUAGAUCCUUAUAAUUCCAACAAUUAUGUGCUGUUGUCCAAUAUAUAUGCCUCAAUGGGGAAGUGGGGCAUGGUCUCGAGCUUGAGGGAGAUGAUAAUGGACUUGGGUUUGAAGCCUAUGCAUGCAUACAGUUGGAUUGUGGUUCGAAACAAGGCCCAUGUAUUCGGUGUUGCAGAUGUCUCACACCCAAGAUCACAGAGGAUUUAUUGGGAAUUGGAGGCGUUGAUGGAGAAGAUGAGACAGAGUGGGCAUGUUCUGGAGAAUGACUUUUCUAUGCAUGAUGUGGAUGAAGAGAGGGAGUGCAUUCCAAGUGGUCAUAGUGAGAUGUUAGCCAUUGGUUUUGGGUUGAUAAGCAUUCAAUCUAGAGUGCCCAUUCGGGUAGUGAAGAACCUUAGAGUUUGUCGCAAUUGCCAUUCUAUGGCAGAGUGGAUAUCAAAGUUCGUCGACCGUGAGAUUGUGUUGAAAGAUCGCGAUCAGUUCCACCAUUUCAAAGAUGGUAAUUGUUCAUGUGGGGAACUAUGGUGAUCUGAUAAACGGUAGGUUUUUCACACAAAUCUUAAGAAGUUCAGACCUGCAAACAGUCAUCAGACAGCUUUUCAAUGAGACAGUCAUGGUGCAUUUGAUCCAUGGGCAUCGGCGUCUAGAGCCGAAGAUGCCCGGGCUCUCUAAACCCUUGGACAAAUGCAAAUCUCUCCAUUGUUAGGCACUUGGCCUCAUAUAUACUCAAGGCAAGACAUGGUUGGAGGAAAUAUAAGACUUGACAAGGUGAAAGCUAGUGAUGAGAGUAGGGUUCAAAGUGAAUAACAUUAACUAUGUGACAUUGUAGUUGAACUUUGAACUCACAGAAAAUAUCAUGUGUAUAUCAUCCUACCGUUGGAUUCUAAGGUUGGCUGCAGAUCUGGACCAUCGAUCUACUUUGUUCGAUAAUCUGGGGUUCUAUUCAGAGGUGAUAAAUAGCACUUUUGUAAGGCUACUUUUUGUCAUUGAUAAGUAUCUGAAGUCCCAGGGAAAUUAUCAUUUUUGUAAUCUAAUUUGAGUAUGUAAUUUCAUAUCAGAAUCCGAUGCAUCCGACUCCAAUUUAGUGGGAAAGAGCUUUGAUGA